AUGCUCUUGGCCGCUACCGCAAUCUUUCUCUACUACACGGCUUGGACUCUUCUCAUGCCAUUUGUCGACCAGGACCACCCCCUCCAUGACCUUUUCCCUCCUCGUGUAUGGGCUAUCCGCAUCCCUGUCAUCCUUACUCUCCUCGGAUCGGCUGUGGUUGGUACAUUCAUCGGAAUCGUCAUGAUCAAUAGCAACAAGAAGAAGGCGGCCAAGGCCAAGGCUGCCGCGGCGAAGAAGAAGACCUGA